UGGAGGUUGUAGGCGGGAUUAUGGUCGUGGAACAGGAAGUUCACGCUCAACUGCAGUUAGUUUGGUGUAAAGGCCUCCGAGGAGGUGAAGAUGCCGUGUUCCUGUGGGAACUGGAGACGAUGGAUUCGGCCGCUGGUGGCUCUGCUCUAUGUUUUGUUGCUGCUAGUCGUCUUGCCCCUGUGUAUCUGGGAGGUGCAGAAGUCUGAGGUUGGCACACAUAAUAAAGCAUGGUUCAUUGCUGGGAUAUUUGUCUUCAUGACCAUACCGAUAUCAUUAUGGGGUAUUCUCCAGCAUCUGGUUCACUACACUCAGCCUGAGCUUCAGAAACCUAUCAUCAGGAUAUUAUGGAUGGUCCCGAUCUACAGCCUGGACAGUUGGAUUGCAUUGAAAUACCCCAGCAUAGCAAUUUAUGUGGACACAUGUAGAGAGUGCUAUGAAGCCUACGUCAUCUACAACUUCAUGACCUUUUUGCUUAACUACCUGGAAAAUCAGUAUCCCAGUCUGGUGUUGAUGCUGGAGGUCCAGGAGCAGCAAGGACACCUUCCUCCUCUCUGCUGUUGUCCCACGUGGCCAAUGGGAGAGGUUCUCUUGCUAAGAUGCAAACUGGGGGUGUUGCAAUACACAGUUGUAAGACCUGUUACUACAGUUAUUGCCUUGAUUUGUCAGCUGUGUGGUGUUUACGAUGAAGGGAAUUUCAGCUCAAAAAAUGCAUGGACCUACCUGGUCAUCUUCAACAAUAUGUCACAGCUGUUUGCCAUGUACUGCCUGGUGCUGUUCUACAGAGCUCUGAGAGAAGAGUUGAGUCCAAUUAAACCAGUGGGCAAAUUCCUGUGUGUCAAAAUGGUGGUGUUUGUCUCUUUCUGGCAAGCUGUGUUUAUUGCUUUACUGGUGAAAGUGGGAAUUAUCUCGGAGAAACAUACGUGGGACUGGAACAGCGUGGAAGCAGUUGCUACUGGCUUACAGGACUUUGUUAUAUGUGUGGAGAUGUUUCUGGCAGCCAUUGCCCAUCACUUCAGCUUCACCUACAAGCCUUACAUUCAGGAGGCAGAGGAGGGCUCUUGCUUUGACUCUUUCAUGGCAAUGUGGGACAUCUCUGAUGUUCGAGCAGAUAUUUCUGAACAAGUCCGCAAUGUUGGGAGAACAGUGAUGGGACGUCCUAGUAAAUCAUACUUUAGUGAGGCACACAGUGACGGCGAACGAUCCGGCCUGCUGUCGUCAGCCUCACAAGAUGCCAUCGCAGACUCAGUGACCAACCCGGCGUCACCCAAAGGUCAGUACCAAGGCAUGGGCAAAACCCUCACUCCACACUCUGUGUCAGCUCCUGCUGGACUCAGCUCAGCUCCGUGGGAUGAGGAACAUGAGGCUAUGCCCGAAGGAACUCAGGAAGGAGGAGAGACCGACCAAACCAAAGAACCAACAGAGGCCGAUCUCAUCGUUAUCACCUAGCCUGUCAUCAAGACCGACUUACGCACUGACAGGCAGGACCCAUUUACUGGCCCUGCCCUUUAUUCUUAGACAUUAAUGAUUUGACAUAAAGAAAACUGUUGUUUAAAAGGGACGAGCAGACAAAACUAAAUGGACCUCUCUGCAAGUGACAGCUGCAAGAAUGUUCAGCGGUGCUAAUAGCACAAAAACAUGUCGAUGUACAUUUGAUGCAAAUUUGUAUUGUACUAGCAAGGUAUCGCAGUCAGCAUGAUAAACUAGAAUGGUUCUCAACCGAAAAGGAUGCACGCUCAGUUUUAAUGUGCGUCUCACAGAGCAGACAUUUCUUCAUAAAAUGCCGUUAACGAGACUGUGUGGUGUUUUAGUCAUAGGAUUUACGUUUUUUUCUUAUAAAUGUUCCAGGCUACCGUAUAAUCACAUGGUCAGAUAUAACUGAUUUAGAUUUUUACUGACUUUAGAAGACCGUUUUUCUGUCGGAUGUGUGUUCAUAAGGGAAUGGAUGAUGAGCUUAUGGGAUGUGCAGUUAAGACUGUUUUAAAAGUUUCCACACUAGUGUCAAUGACCAUUUUCCGAAGGUUUAGGUCGAUGCAAUGAGUACGGUCGAAAAGCCACAUUCAGUUUGUCACCCACGUCCAGUCCUCUACUGCAAUCAGCUCACCUCAGUUUGAUAGAAGUGUAUUCACUUAUCCUCCCAGACGCCUUGUUCUUAAUGCUAUGGAACUAAUCUCUCUACUUUAGCCUUUAUUUUUCAGGCUCAGUAUUCUCUGUAACACAGAUCAACUUUGCAGCAACAAAACUCAAUCCGUUUAUUUGCAAGUCAUUUUUUUUCUCCGUUUUGCCAUCCUGAUCUACAGUAUGUGGGCGCUUACAGAUGUCAGUUAGAUGAGUUGGAAGCAUUUACUGAUACGUUUGUAAUAUCAGCAGGAUAAUCUGCAUCAUGUCUACCUACUGCAUGUUGCACUGCCUUAUGUAAUUUCAAUUUUUAUUAAAAAUGUCAAUUUAUCACA